AUGGUCUCCCUCACCGAGGUCCGCGCCUCCAACGCCGCCCUAACCCCCUCCACCAUCCCCAAGACAGCCCUCUUCGUAGGCGCCACGUCAGGCAUCGGAAAAUACACCCUCACCGAGCUCGUCUCCCUCAACCUCCCUAUGAAAUGUUACGUUGUCGGGCGCAAGGCCAGCGAGCCCGCAAUGCGCCCCGUCCUCGAGGCCCUGCGCCGCAAGAGCACGCAGGCGGAGCUCGUAUGGGUCGAGGCGGAGGUGUCGCUGCUCUCUGAAGUGAAGCGCGUAUGCGAUUUCAUCAAAGAGAACGAGGAAAGGCUGGAUUUGACGUGUUUGACGGCGGGAUAUGCGCCUUUUGGAGGGCGGAAUGAUACGGCCGAAGGCAUUGAAGUUACCCACGCGCUGCAGUACUACGGCCGCAUGCUCUUCACCCUCUCCCUCCUCCCGCUCCUGCGCGCCUCCCCGUCGCCGCGCGUGCUCACCGUGCUAGGCGGGAGCUUCCUCUCCACGAACCUCCUCGUCGACGACCUGGACCUCCGGAAGGCGGGGAACUUUGGCGGGAUGCGCUCGCAGACGCACAUGAGCAUCAUGAACACGCUCUUCCUCGACCGUCUAGCCUCCGACCCGGCGAAUGCAAAGAUUACGUUUGUGCAUAACUGGCCCGGGGCGGUGGACACGGGGAACAUGGCCCGGUACCACGCGCCGAGCUGGCUGUCGCCGGCGCCGGUACUCGUAGGCUUCCUCGCGACCGCGUGGCUCGUGGUCCUGAUCGUCAUCUGUCACUACUGCCUCGCUUUCGACCCGACGGCCGACCCACUGGCCAACCCGACACGAGAUCGAAGAUGUGGCCGUAAAUACGCUUGGAAGGCCAAUGCGGUCGACGUCAAGACUGUUGGUAUGUUUAAGGGACUUCGGCGGCGUCUUGGACACCAUUCGUAUUGGGACAUGGCUUUGACCAAGGUACCUGACUAG